AUGAUCGGUGAUGACAUGAUCAGUAACUGCCAAGCGAUAGUCUGCAUUGCCUUGGUUCCCACAUUACAAAUCCAUCUGCUUGACGCCACGUCUAAAAAGCAAAUAGUGCAACGUAUGGGCCGCCAUAACCUUGAGUUUUACAUGAUGGUCAUCAAAAAGCUCAAAUCUGUGUACUUUAGCGCUGAAAUACUUUCAAGAAUGUUUACUAAGGCAAGGGACUGGAUACUCUACAGGGCGUCUGUCCCCGCCACAGCUCCCAGGGAAUGUACGCCUCAGUCGUCGCGUGAUGCCGCAGUCAGUUCUCUUCCAGUGCUACCAGAUGAUGCAUGUCAGGACGAUGCGGGGAUAUUUAAUGCCUUUGCGACAAUGCUGAGUCCCUUUGCCUCAGUAUCAGCUGGCGGACUCUUCAAUAACAACGAGCUAUUGGAUUUCGAAUCUGCCACCACACUCGAACAACUGAUGUUCCCUGAACCCGAACCUUCUGCAGAUACACGUUAG